GCUGCCUGAGCCUAAGGGAAGGGUCCUUACGGGUCAGACGGGGUUAGUGGGGAAUAACCCUUCAUCCAGUGUUAGGUAGGGACCGUCUGGAUUAGUGAUGCAAAUGUCCCCAAUAGCCAAUCUAAUCAAUGGCGUUCACUCCAUCCCGAAUCACGUUACAUCUUGCUUAGUGGAAAUUACUCUCUCUAAUCUGUAAAUAAAUGAGAUGGAGAUUUCAGGGUGACAUGAAAUACUCAUUUGUUUUUGUUUCAAACCGAAUAAAAACAAAGUCAGACAUUUUUAUAUAGAAAUAAAAGUGAAAAUGUAGUCAAAUCAGAUCCUACGAAUCUAAGUGCGCAAAUCUUUGACCAUAAUAAGUUACGCAUCCUCCUCUGUGCGCGUAAAACCUAGUAUUCUAGUAUGGCUGAGUUCUGAACUCAUGACGCGUCUCAGUCACAAAUGAAAAAAAGCAUUUGACUGUCUUUAAUCUCAAAAAUACUCCUCGUGUUUCACGUAGUCAAACAUUGAUUAAAUCACACCUUUGUGAAUCCACGAAUUACUUCCUCAGGAACAAACUUUUUUGUUCCUAUCAAGCUAACAAUUCGUCAUCCAGAUGACUAUCUUCCCCUAAUCUCCCUGCGUUAGAUAGCUUAAAUAAACUCUUUUUUCUGAGCAGGAAUUCAGGGGAUCAGUGUUACACUUUUCCUAUAGGAUUAAACAGAUCUUCCUUUGCUGCUGAAUGGAGGCAGGGAGCCCACCGUUGGCCGGCCCUGAAGGCCCAGGGUGCCCUUUUGAUCAUUUCAGUCUCUCCUCGGUGCAAAACUUCUGAUUGGCCCAGAGAGUAAGAAGGGGGAAAAUCUUUAAUUAAGCAGAUAAUCUCUUGUUGGGGACGAGAGCAGCUCCAUUUCAGAGCCCCCUCCUUGAAUCCUGGAAGCCUCCUGAAGAAGUUUCAUGUGCUGCUACCUCAGUUUCCUCUCCAUCGUUGGACCGUCUGCAGGCUCUGGACUGGAUCCCCCUCACCUGUCAGGAUGUUCAUGCAUUUGGAGGUUUUCUAUUACAUCUUCAUUCUGCUGGCUAACAUGAGGUGCUACUGCUGCUGGUCAGUGAAUAAUUUCCUGAUGACUGGACCCAAGGCGUACCUGAUCUACUCCAGCAGUGUAGCAGCAGGAGCUCAGAGCGGCAUCGAAGAGUGCAAAUACCAGUUUGCAUGGGACCGCUGGAACUGCCCCGAGAGAGCUCUGCAGCUGUCCACGCACAGCAGCCUGCGCAGCGCAAAUCGUGAGACGGCGUUCGUCCAUGCCAUCAGCUCCGCCGGAGUCAUGUACACUCUAACAAGGAACUGCAGCCUCGGAGACUUCGACAACUGCGGCUGUGACGACAGCAGGAAUGGACAAAGAGGUGGUCACGGUUGGUUGUGGGGCGGCUGUAGUGACAACGUUGGCUUCGGAGAGGCCAUUUCUAAACAGUUUGUGGACGCCCUGGAGACUGGGCAGGACUCACGAGCAGCAAUGAAUCUCCAUAAUAACGAAGCUGGUCGUAAGGCUGUAAAAGGAACCAUGCAGAGGACGUGUAAGUGUCACGGUGUCUCAGGUAGCUGCACCACUCAGACCUGCUGGCUGCAGCUGCCAGAGUUCAGGGAGGUGGGGAUCUAUCUGAAGGAGAAGUACCACCGCGCUCUGAAGGUGGACCUCCUCCGAGGAGCGGGCAACAGCGCGGCCAGCCGGGGAGCCAUCGCAGAGACUUUCAGCUCCAUCUCCCGUAAGGAGCUCGUCCACCUCGAGGACUCCCCUGAUUACUGCCUGGAAAACCGCACCCUGGGCUUGCCGGGCACAGAGGGCCGAGAGUGCCUCAAGAAGGGCAAGAACUUGAGCAAGUGGGAGAAGCGGAGCUGCAAGAGGCUGUGCGGGGAGUGUGGGCUGGCUGUGGAGGAGCGCAAAGCCGAGAUGGUAUCAAGCUGUAAUUGUAAAUUCCACUGGUGCUGCGCGGUGAAGUGCGAGCAGUGCAGAAAGACAGUGACCAAGUACUUUUGCGUGAAGAAAGGAGGUCAGAGGGGAAGGAAUGAGAGCGCAGGGAGCCGCCGGAAGAACCUCAGACUGAGGAAGAAGCACUGAGCAUCUUCACUUUCACCUUCUGUUGUCUUUUUUUGUACCAUUGCAACUUUAUUUUGGACAAAAACUUAGCAAAAAUACACGUUCAGAACAUCUCCUUUGUCAGUUUUAUAUCGAAAGUUAAAGACAGUGGGAUGUGCAAAGACACAAGAUAGAGACGAUGAGAAGCAGAGGGUCAAAAACGUUGUAGAUUUUUGGUAAAUAUGUAUUUAAGAUUUAUUUUUAUACUUUUUACAACAUUUUGAAAAGUCAGUAAAGAGUUUUUCUUCGAAGUCAAAAUUCCCCUCAACUGGUUUAUUUAUUUUUACACAAGAAAACUUUUGACAACUGUUGGUUUUGAUGACUGAGCAUUAUCAUAUUCAGCUUUUACAUUCACAACUGUCAAGAGGAUAACUACUACUCUGUCAGCUUAGCAGUAAUCCUUGAGCAUUUUAAAUUUCACUGCCAAGAUUUCAAUUCAUUCAGAAUUUUUGGGAUUUUUCCUGGACAGUCUGCCCCCCCUGACCCCUGCUGCCCUCUUGUUGUAUUUAAUUGUAUAUUAAAUGAAGCACUUUGUACUGUACAUUGUUAAUUUAUUUCACAGCAUUUGCUAGUUUUCCUUGUCGUUAGUUGCCCUUUGUGGUUUGUCUUCUAUUAAAAUGUAUGAAAAGUAAUAAAUCCUUCAACCUUACUCAUCA